AUGGAUUCUCAUGGCAUUCACAAGGUAGCUUUAGAUUUUUGCUAUUGUGCCCUGGCCACAACCCACAUACAACAGCUCCUUUGCAAGUCAUUAUUUCCGUCAACAACAUCUGACCCCAAGACUGCGGCGACAUUUCGCCUUCUCGAAGAAUUUCAUCUUUUGUCAUUCGAAUCAAAGGUGUCAGCAUACGAGUUUUUUAAUGCACUGAUGUGGAGGUCUGACAAUAUGGGACUGAGUCCUGUCAAAGAACGAUACAACCAAUUCAUGUGGAUGAUUUGCCAAUGGCGUCAUCUCAAGAUGCUCAAACGCUCUGGGCAUCCUUAUGAUCCCAAUGGGGUUGAUUCGACUUCUGAGGGUGGGUGCGCUGUUUUAUGUCCAGCCUGUCCACAGCCUGGGAAAAACUUACCCUCUGAUUGGAGAGAGGCUUCCCCUACUAACCAAAGCUGGUUGUAUGGGCUGUUUGUCACCAUCAAUGCUAAUUUCCGGCUGAAACGGAAAGUUGUUUCAAAGGAUAGUGUAGACCCCAGCCUGAGUCACAGCUGGGGAUACUUUGUCGAAGAAAGUGCAUACAAGGCUUUCCUAGAUGAUAAUUCUAAUAUUAGCCAAGAGAAGUCUACAUGUUCAAGCCAUAACGCGGUAAACAUGGUGGAUACUAAAUCCAGUCAUGGGCUUGCAGCUACAGGGCUGGGUACUAUUGAUUGCGCUCACCACAACAUGAAGUUACCGACCACAGUCAGAGACCUCCAGAAAGGAGAAAAAUACGUAAAUAUGGAUUACCUCUUCUUUUCGACCCUUCGGCAUACCUCUGUGGAUAUCCUCAACAUCUCGUAUGAUAUAGUGUGCCAGUGGAAGAAGAAUUUAUGGCACUGCAUGACAUCAUUUCCCCCCUCCAUGCAACUGGACCAUGGCACUAAGAAAGUCACCUUCUUUGUUCCAAAAUUCCAUCUGCCGGCUCAUAUUGAAUCAUGUCAAACAAGCUUCUCAUUCAAUUUUGCACGAUGGGCGAAUAUCAAACCCAUGGCAUCAAGCACUAAAGAGAUGGGCCCAGGCGCGAGACGAGACACCCUUGAUGAUUUUUUUGGGGAUUGGAAUUGGAAGAAAAUUACUGGUCUAUGUUGCACCAUGCUGCAGAAGGUGAAAGAAGCCUUGCCCGAACUAUCGGAACACGAAGCAGCUCUGGAUGACCUCAAAGAAGGACUGAAAGUGGAAUACACGGAAGCAUUGAGCAGAUGGAAAGAGCAGGUUGAGGCAUGGGAACAUGAUCCCUCCCAGCCAAACCCAUAUGAGCGAAGCACAGAAAAGAUCACACUUGCAUCUGUGCGGCUUGAACUUGCAAAAGAAGACGCAUCAGAAUUAGAACUAGGCAGCUUCCACAAAUUGCAUGAAGAUUGUUCGCCUAGUGUGCUGAUUAGCAGUGGCCUAGAACUUGAAGAGCAACAACGACGUCUUCGAGCUGACAAGGCGGGUCUAGGGAUUCAUGCCACUGACAUUCAAGAAGGAAAGGUCGUUCAAUGUAGUAACAGUCUCCAGUGUCGGAUCAAGGCUUGGGUUAAAGUCCAGGAAUUAUACAUGCCAAUGGUCGCAGCCCUACGACUGAGAGACAAGUCCAGUGGUGUUGUCGUCACUCCCGAGUCAUUUGAGCUUUUGCUUCCUUCCCAAGUUGGCAGAAUGGAUCCUUGUGACCUCAAAUUUCAGAAAAUUGAGUGGAGACUUUAUUAUGCACAAGCUCACAACACCCUACGCUCUAACCUCCGCAUGCAAACUGCUAUCCUCAAGUACAAGGAUCGGAACCUCCGUGGUCAAGGCUCAAAUACACAAGCUCAUAACAUGCUCAAAGGCGUUGACACAAGAAUUGAGGCAGCAUCGACCCGAUAUCAGGAUGCAUGCAGAGCGCUGGUGAUUCUUGCUCCCUUCAUCAAGGAGACAGGCUGGCAGCCCUCCCUAUGUCUGCUCGAUCAUCAAGAUAUCCAAGGAAUGUCAGAUCUCCUGUGGGGCGAGACUGAAGGAAGGCGAAAGCUUUCGUGGAUAUGGAAUAUGCGCGGUGCUCAUGGAGACGAGCUGGACAAAGAUGGAUCUAUGGAAGAUAUGCGAAUAGAAUGGUGCAAGGCCAGGGUGCGCGCUAUACGGUGGAAGGAGGAGCUCGAGCUGAUUCUGCAGUUCUUUGACUGGCAAGCCAUGUCUUGGGAUGAGUGUGCAGAUCAGAACUGGUCUGGUAGUCCCACUGAGAGAGAGGGUCGGAUUGCAUAUGCUCGACAUCAAGCUGCCUUGCAUCGGGCACUGUGGGACAUGUGUCAUUCCAGUUGGGCAGAUACUCGCACAUUUGUGGACCAGUUCCAUGGGAAUCCUAGCACUCUUGGUCUUUGA